GAAGAUGGGUGGCACAGCCCGGAGUUGAGGACGUCAGAAGGGGCGGGGCCAGUGACAGGUAAACAUGGAUCCUGUGCUGUACGCCUUGGCUGCUGUCAUCAUUGCCGUCUUAAUCUACUUUGUAUCACAGCUCAGACGACAGGUGAAGAAAGCUGACCGGACUCGCCAGCAAAAUGUGGCAGCUGCUGGUGGAAGGCCACAGCCUGUUAAUGAAGAUCGGGCAGCGGGUGCUCCCAGAGUGCGGCGUACUCUUAGAUCCAGGGUUAUGGCUCGGAGACUGCAAGAAGCAGAGCAGGAAGCUGAAGUGGAUGAAGGAGAUGCAGAAAAAGUUGAUGCAGAAUUUCAUACCCAUGGCAAAAUUGGAGCUAAGAAGCAGCGGAAAUUGGAAGAAAAGGAACAACGCAGAGCACAAAGAGAGGCUGAAGAAGCAGACAGAGAAGAACGCCGAAAGUUGCAGCUUCUGAGAGAUGAAGAGAGGAGAAAGGACGAGGAGCGAUUGCGCCUUGAAGAGCAGAAGAAGGAAGAAGAGUUGAAAAAAGCUUGGGAAGAAAAGCAGCGCCGUGACCAUGAAGAAUACCUGAAAUUGAAAGAAUCAUUUAUCAUUGAAGAGGAAGGAAUUGAAGUCCACGAAACAGAAGAAGAGUCUGAGAGCCUUCUGCAAAUGUUCAUCGACUACAUCAAGAGAACAAAAGUUGUUCUUUUGGAAGAGCUUGCCUCUCAUUUUGGCUUGAGGACACAGGAUGCUAUUAGCAGGCUACAAGAUUUGAUUGCUGAAGGAGCUCUAACAGGUGUCCUUGAUGAUCGUGGGAAAUUCAUUUAUAUCACAGAGCAGGAACUUGCUGCUGUGGCUCAGUUUAUAAGGCAGCAAGGGCGUGUUUCAAUAGUGGAACUGGCACAAGCCAGCAACACUCUGAUUAACCUUAACCCAGACUCAAGACCUAUUACAGAAUCUGUGGCCUAAUAUUUGCUGACUUAUUUAAACAGAAAUAAAGUUGAAAGCUAAAUAUUUUUAAUUAUCACAAGAUUUGUGUUGAAGGUAUUUUUUUUUUCACUCUUUCUGCUCUAUUUACAAGGCAAUGUGUUUGCUACCUGCCCAAGCUAUGUCUCAGAGGAAAAGGCUGUUGUCUGUUCUCCAGAUAGGGAACUGAAGGAUUCUCAGUGUUAUCUUGCUGCUUUUGCUGACCUGCAGCCCAACUGAGUAUCUGUUCACCGUGAAAGAUUGCAGCUUCUACACCAAAUGAGAACUGCCGAUUCAUAAUGCACAUUGAUAAAUGAGCUCAAAUAAUAAUUUUUGGAGAAGUGAGCCAGAUAUAGUGUUAUAAAUAGUUUUACUGCUGAGAAAUAGUAAUUUUUCAGCAGCAGCACAGGCUAGUGUGGAUUGUUAAAAUUUGUGUUGCAGAAUUAACAAAACUGACGAAGCUAUAAUUCUCGUAAGUCAGCAGCCAGUCAAAUUUGUAUAUCAGAUUUCUUGUAUCCAGGAAUGAAAGUUUGCUCUCACAAUUCUAGUAACCUGAUUGUUGCUCUUUUGUGUGGUCAUAUACAUUUGUGAAUUACUUGGAAGUUGAUGGAUUAUUUAAUUUAAUACAGUGGUAUAGCAGGGCUGCUCAGCAGCGGAAUUGUGUAGGAGGUAGGUUAAUUGACAGGCUAUUCAUAAAAUAGUGACCUUUCAGUAGUGGGUAUAUAUUUUUGUAGUAUAUUUUUACUUUAUUUAAAGAUACAGUACAACAAACCACACCGCCCAGCAACCCACUCAUUUAACUCUAGCCUAAUCACAGGACAAUUGACAAUGACGAAUUAACCCACUAAACUGUAUGCCUUUGGACUGUGGGAGGAAACCAGAGAACCUAGGGGAAACCCACAUGGUCAUGGGGUGUUCUUGCAGACAGCGUUGAAAUUGAACCUGAUGACACAAGCUAUGGAAGUGUUGUGCUAGCUGCUACACUACUGUGGUGUGCAUGAGUAGAUUUAAUAGCCAGUCCUUAUAGCUCAUGAAUCUAAAUUUGCAUUAUGGAAGCACCAAGUAUCAGUUAGUGUGAACAGUAACUGUUAUGAGAGUCCAAAGAAAUUAAUAUUCGUGGCAUUUGAUUAUUAAUGGUUUUCAAAGUGUAAUUUGAAAAGUUGGCUGUGGAUACUUUAUAAAAUAAAUAAAGUUUGUUUAAUUAGCA